UUUAUGUUAUCUGGUGGCGCCCAGUUUUUAUUGGUGGAAGAGAGAACCCAGAUACAAUGUACCUGUGAAGAAACCACUGACCUUCCGAAAGUAAACUGGGAAACUUUCUCACUUACCGGCGCGAGCGUGAUUCGAACCCGCGUCGACAGAGAUGAGAGGCCGUGUGAUUUUGAACGCGAUGCUCUAACCACUCGGCCACGGAGGCCCCACCAGGGUAAUAACAAUAAAUAAAAGAAAUACUUUUGAGGUGGACUGGAUAUCUACAGACAAGUUCGCAGAAAUAGAGACCCUCCUUCUCAAUUUUGGAACUGAUUAUGCGCAAAAUGAAUUACUAAUAAUGAGAUAUUUGUCCAAAUGUCCAAUGGUCAAUUUGGUUUUCUGACCCCCCCCCCUCCGAUAUUCCUUCGUACGAACCCAGGCUCAUAUAUACUUUGAGUAACAUAGACACUCACCACUUUAAUAGUUGAAUAUAAGUGUACCAUCUUUAUGUACAGGUAUAUAUUAUGAUAGAUAUAUUCUUAUUUGCCAAUUAAUAUUGGGAGUGUCCAUGGCAGAAGUUGGACAAGUUAGCAAAAACCUGUAAGGAACUUGACAUUUUGUUUUUGUUUUUGCUGUGGGAGAAUUUUGAACGGCAAUAAAACAACAGCGUUGAAAGCAAACAGCUUUUAAAUAUAAGACGAUGAAUCAGGAUACAAAUACCAGCCAGUGUGGUAAAGGUUACCGCUAAAUAGGGCAUUUAGUGGAAGCUUCCGAGCCAGCUAGUCUGGUGAAUUUACAACAACAGCAUCAACAAUAUAGAUAUUUGUCUAUAUUACAGACCUAGUUAAAUGAUUUACUUUACAAAUUUGCAAUACAUCGUCUUAUUUAAAUAUGUAUGCGCCAAUGGUUUUUAGAAAUGAAAGUAAGUCACGUCAUUUUUUUUCUUUCAACAACAUCACCGAUCUGUCAACUUGACCAGAACCCUAUAUGACAAAAUAUUAUUAUAAGGAAGCCGGUUGAGCAGAAAUAUAUACCCCGAAAUACAACUUCACUACAUAUAUUCAUGAUUUGCGAUAUAAAUAUAACUUUUCUAAUUAAGUUAUCUAUAUCACUACAGCAUUGAUAAUCUAAGGAACAUAUAUUAUAUAUAAAGAAAUUAAAGUAUACGUGAACAUAUUAAUGAAACAUGAUUUAACCAUUUUUAAAUAUAUUGGCACAAAAUUUAAACUUUUUGAUUUGUAAAAAAUGGAAACAAAGUGACAUAUUCUGUUUUUGUUUCUUUCUUCUCCUAUAUUUUGUUUGUGUUUGUUUUUAAUUUGGUGUUUUCCCAUGACGUUAACACCCCUCUGUACCUAAAGAAAAUACGUUUGACCCCGACCUACAUUACACAACUUAUCCAGAGAUCUAGAAGCACACGCUGGUUGGAGAAGAAUGGAAGCGCUUGGUUCUCUUUGGAUUUUUAUGCUGGGAUUAAUCUGCGUCCAUACAGUGGGUGUUCAAAGCGUGCAUGUUGACGAGGUUCAUCACCGAGUGAAACGCGCUUUAUCCACAAGCAGAAAAUCAGAAAUUCGAAAUUUAUCUCCAAACGACAGGCCAUCAUGCCCCCAAGAACAGCCCGCUCCACCAAACCGAAUAGUGACGUCACAGAGACUGACCGCCCUGAGAGAUGAGAUGAACGGUGAAGGGAUACAUGCCUAUAUAAUUCCGUCAGGGGACGCUCAUCAGAGUGAGUACACAUCCCCAUACGACCAGAGGAGAAGAUUCAUAUCGGGAUUAUCGGGAUCUGCCGGUUACGCUGUUGUGACAAGUGCAAAAGCGGCAUUGUGGACAGAUGGUCGGUAUUUUCUGCAAGCGGAAGCCGAGAUGGACUGUAACUGGAUUCUAAUGAAGCGUGGUGUAGCAGGUGUCCCAUCCUCCACUGAAUGGCUGAUAUCAGUUCUAGAAGGCACAACAAACGCCAAAGUCGGAGCCUAUCCAUUCUUAAUGGGCAGCAGUAGUUGGGAAUAUUAUGAGGAAGAACUUGUUAAGGAAAAUAUCACGAUGAGAAAGACAAAUGCAGAUUUGAUUGGCAAAAUUUGGACAACAGGACGUCCAGCAGAACCGAAUUCCCCAAUUAACGUUCUACCAUACAAAUUUUCUGGACGCACUUGGGAGGACAAGAUAAUCGACAUGCACAAGGCAAUGAAGGAUAGAGGCGUUGACGCGAUGAUUGUCACUGAUCUUGACGAAACAGCUUGGUUAUUAAACUUGCGAGCAUCUGAUAUUCUAUACAGCCCGCUUUUCCUGUCUUAUAUCAUCGUAGACAGAAAAAUGAACCAAACAACACUAUAUAUAAGAGACUAUACCAGUAAGCUGACUCGAGAUCCCACCGACCCAGAAUCAACUCAGAAAUUAUAUGAGCAUCUUAACACAGGAAGAGAUGGUUCUUGUGGUGGAAAGACUGGGUAUUGUGUAACGGUUACUGAAUAUGAUCCAGUUGUAUUGACGAGAAGAGUGGAGAGCGUGGUCGCUAACAGUAGGAAAGUGUGGAUCUCCCCCUUUUGUAACUACGGAUUGUUCUCCCUUGUGCCAAAGGAAAAACGGCUUCAGAAAAAUACACCGAUAAGUCUACAAAAGGCAAGGAAAAAUGAAAUAGAAAGAAACGGAAUGAUCAAAUCACACGUCCGUGAUGCAGUUGCAUUGAUAUCAUUCAUGGCAAAGUUAGAAAAGGAGGUAAAAGCGGGAAAGAAAUGGACAGAAGUGUCCGCAGCCCUGGACUUGGAAAGAUUUCGAAAAAGACAGAUAUACAACCGUGGGUUGAGCUUUGAUACUAUAUCUUCAAGUGGUUCUAAUGGAGCUGUUAUUCACUAUGCACCUACUAAUCUCACUGACAAAGAAAUCACAACAACGGAGAUGUAUCUUCUAGACUCUGGAGGACAAUAUUUAGAUGGGACAACAGAUGUCACACGGACCUUUCACUUUGGAACCCCUACAGACUUUGAAAAGGAAUGCUACACACGCGUCUUGAUGGGAACAGUUGAUCUCGCAAGUGUUAAAUUUCUGAAAACUAGUUUUGGACCCUAUGGUCGUGAACUUGACAUUUUGGCCCGUCGUCCACUCUGGAACGUCGGACUUGAUUACAGACACGGAACAGGCCACGGGAUCGGAAUGUACUUGGGUGUUCAUGAAGGUCCAGCACGUAUUGGUAUGAAUGGCAGACAACCUUCGUAUGAUUCGCCAAUAGAAGAGGGUCAAUUCUUUUCUGAUGAACCUGGAUACUAUGAAGACGGGAGCUUUGGUAUACGGUUAGAAAGUAUAAUGGUAGCCAAGAAGUUUGAUUUGAAGUACAAAUUUCCUAAUUCGGAAUUUCUUGGAUUUGAAACAAUCACUAUGGUGCCGUUUGAACCACACCUUAUAAAGUAUGGCAUGCUGACCAAAGAUCAGACCGAGUGGAUUAAUACCUAUCACAAAACAGUGCAGGAUACCAUAGGUCCAUUGUUGAUAAAGAAUAACCGAGAGGCUUAUGAUUGGUUAGAAAGACGAACAAGGGAGAUCACUCACAGUGUUAAUGCAGCGACCAAACGAUGUCAUAGUUUCUCCAGUUCUGUAUCUAUGUUAACGAUGUAUGUAUCGUUCUUUGUAUUGCUCACAAAGUGAUGAUUUUGAAAUUGGUGAGCUUAUCUAAUAAUUAUUAUAGGUGUGAGUGGAUGUUUUGUGUAUGCAUGGAUGCUUAUUCUAACUUUUGAAACUUGUUUGAAAACACGGAGACGUACAGUUUGUAUUUGUAGAAAGGUACAUUUGAAUUUAUGAAGUGUAAUUGUAAAUAUUUACAUUCCACGGUAGUAUCGUUCCUAUUAAAUGACUUGUAUAGUGCA